GCCAUUUGUCAAUCAACCGCUAACUUGACGUAUCUGUAGAGGCACCAGCGAGCGAAGCUGCCGUCAACCAGUGUGCAACAAAAUGAAAGCUGUCCGUUAACUUCGCCUUUUCAUUGCCGCUCGGACACGGGGAUACUUUGUCGGAUAAGCCGUUAUCUUGUCAUUUUUCUGCCUGAGGAGAUCCGCCGGGCUGAGCUGACAGCCGUCGGGCCUCGUCGUCGCGGCCCAGCAGGACUCGAGUGAAGUUGGAAGCGGACUGCCAAACUUCUGCUUCCUCCAGCGGCUCUCCGCAGGGCCCGGGGCUCCUGUCACCGGCCCUGUGGAUGAGGAAGUGAGAACGAAUCUAAUCAGCCCCCCAGGAGAAAGGAAUCCCUUUGAUGGGAGAAUCCUCUUUCCUGGCCUCCUGGGUCAAUCGCCGUGCCAUGAUGAUGGAUGAGCAGGAGGCGCUGAACUCGAUCAUGCAGGACUUGGCCGAACUGCACCGCUCCAGCCGUCCUGCCAUGUUCCUGUCGGACCUGGGCAAACCCAAAGCCUCCUCGCCCAAGAACCAGAACGACGUCAGAGUGAAGUUCGAGUUCAAAGGGGAGAAGAGGAUUUUGCAGUUCCCUCGACCGGUCAAGCUGGACGACCUGAGGUCAAAAGCUAAAGUGGCUUUUGGUCAAACGAUGGACCUUCACUACACCAACAACGAGUUGGUGAUUCCACUGACCACUCAGGACGACCUGGACAAGGCCGUGGAGCUGCUGGAUCGCAGCGUUCACAUGAAGAGCCUGAAGAUCCUCCUGGUGCUCCAGAUGUCCUCUCAGAACUCUUCCUCCAAUAUGGACCUCUUGCCGUCCCACGAGGAGCUGGACAACACGGGAUUCAGGGUCGCUGACAAGAAGAGCAUGCUGGCUUUGAUAGGUUCCCAUUCGACGGACCGCAGCUCUCCUCCUCCAGGAUACAUUCCCGACGCUCUCCAGCAGGUGGCGAGGAACGGCUCCUUCACCAGCAUCAACAGCGAGGGAGAGUUCAUUCCUGAGAGCAUGGACCAGAUGUUGGACCCGCUGUCCAUGAGCAGCCCGGAGAACUCAGCAUCUGGAAGUUGUCCCUCUUUAGACAGCCCGCUGGACAGCGACUACCCCAAGUCCAGGAUGCCGAGAGCACAGAGCUACCCAGACAACCACCAGGACUUUCCAGAGUACGACAUCCCAGUGUUUGAGAAGUCGGGGAAAGGGGGAACGUAUCCUCGACGGUAUGGCAUUCCCUUCGGCCUUCAGGACUACAGCGAUGGGAGGAAGACCUUCCCUCGGGCUCGGCGAACGCAGGUUCACGGCUUCCGCUCGCCGGUCAGCUUCAGUCCGACCGAGCAGUCGCCCAGCACCAGCAGCGGCAGCAGCGUCUUCACCCCCGACCUGGAGGAGGCCCCGGGGCCUGCCAGGAGGCCGCGCAGGGGCAGCGACAUCGAGCCCAACCCCAACCCGACUACUGCUCCCACCCUCUCCGUCAUGGACAUCAGUCCGCCCAGCCGCUCUCCUCGAGCUCCAACCAACUGGCGGCUGGGAAAGCUUCUGGGUCAGGGCGCCUUCGGACGGGUUUUCCUCUGUUACGACGCCGAUACUGGACGGGAACUGGCAGUGAAACAGGUCCAGUUUGACCCGGAGAGUCCAGAGACUAGCAAGGAGGUGAGUGCGUUGGAGUGUGAAAUCCAGCUCCUGAAGAACUUGUGCCAUGAGCGGAUCGUCCAGUACUACGGCUGUCUGCGAGACACGAUGGAGCGAACGCUCUCCAUCUUCAUGGAGUACAUGCCUGGGGGCUCCAUCAAGGACCAGCUGAAGUCGUACGGAGCGCUGACGGAAAACGUGACACGCCGCUACACCCGGCAGAUCCUGGAGGGAGUUUCCUACCUGCACAGCAACAUGAUCGUCCACAGGGACAUCAAAGGAGCAAAUAUCCUUCGAGAUUCAGUGGGUAAUGUGAAGCUGGGAGACUUCGGGGCGAGCCGGCGGCUGCAGACCAUCUGUCUGUCAGGAACAGGCAUCAAGUCGGUGACCGGCACUCCCUACUGGAUGAGUCCGGAGGUGAUCAGUGGCGAGGGCUAUGGCAGGAAGGCCGACAUCUGGAGUGUUGGCUGCACCGUCGUGGAGAUGCUGACCCAGCGACCCCCCUGGGCAGAGUUUGAGGCCAUGGCAGCCAUCUUUAAGAUCGCCACCCAGCCCACCAACCCGGUUCUCCCCGCCCACGUGUCGGACCACUGCCGAGAGUUUCUCAAACGGAUCUUUGUAGAGACCAAGCAGCGUCCGUCUGCUGAUGAGCUACUGAGGCACAUCUUUGUACAUUAACCCCACCCCCUGAACCUUUAACACCCCCCCCGCCUGCCUGCCCACCUGCCGAACUGCCAGACACGGCCUUACCUGACAGGGGCGUCCCUGCCUCUGACCCCGCUCCCUCCACCUCCGAGCUGAAACCACAUUAGACCAGGAAGAUCGGGCUGGAAGACGGUGGGGUGUGCAGGCGGGGGGGUGGCUCAUAACUGCUCCUCCUGUCUCUGUUUGUAUGAGACUGCCAUAGAGGACAUGAAUUUUUAUUUUAUUUUUCUCUCCGCAAGUUGCACCUUAAUUUGUCAGAAAGGAGGAGUGGAGCACUUCUUCCUGAAGCGAUGAAAAACGACUAUUUGAAAACGUCUCCUUUUUUAUGUUUGUACGGUUUCUCUCUUCAAACGUUUUGGAGUGGGAUAGUGUCUGUGUUGUGGACCUACAGGAGGUGAUGCCUGACUCUCAAGUGGCUCUGCUACCCCCCACCCCCACCCUCCCGCCCAUCUCGCUGACCCGACCCCAGAAUGUAGUCUCCUGCCAAAACCCAGAGCGAUGGUGAUGACCUGGGCCCGCUGCUAUAGAUGAAACUAAACCCCAGAUGCAGAGAACACUCCCCAAAAACAGUUUCCACUCACCUUCUGGUCUGCUCUCUCAGAUGAAAUGUUUUGUCUCUGCUUUACCAUCUGUAAACUGCCCUCCUCCCUCCUCACAUCUUCGUUCUUUGCCGUGUGCCUUUUCUGUUUUUAAACGCAGUGUAGGAAUGAGUCUCGAGUUCGUGGAUGAUCUCCGUCGCUCUUAGUCGCAACAGUUCUCAGUGUUUGUUUUUGCCUCCUGGAUAAACUGCCUUUGCACCGUUAGCCCAAAUCCAGCUGAUCUCAGUUCAGCCGUAAAUGUCCAUUUCUGCCUUUUCUGUAACAGAGACUUCCUGGUAUUGAGUUGGGCUCCCGCCUCAGCUCAUUUGGUUUGUUCACCUGGUAACCAAAUAGCCCUCAGACGUUUUGUUUGGAAAACUCACCAUGCUGGUUUAAUAUUGAAAUGUGGCAGAAGUGAAGGUUUAGGUUUCACCUGCCAGCUGGUACUCACACAAGGAUUGGUACUUCCUCUGCUUCAGUCUGUAGAGACGGAUCCAGAUGUGUUGGUUUUUCCUCUUCAGAUGCAUCUGUUCUCCUCUGCUUCUCAAAGCGCUCAGUGGUCAGACUGUCAGAGCAGAUCAGUCUCUUCUAUCAGGACUGAGGUGGAUUAACAGUGAGCAGAAUAUUUCAUUUAAAUCCUGCAUUCAAUGCAGUAGUAUAUACAAGUCAUUCUGCAAAAACCAUGCAGAAGCCAGUCAGAGACUUCUCCUAAAUAAGAUACAGCACUAAAUCAACUAGAGGAAAGAGUUUGGCAACAAUUUUGUUAAUUGUUUGAUCAUUUUGAAGCAAAAAUUAUAAAAAGUUUAUAAAAGUUUUCACAGUUUAUAAACUAAAGGGAACUAAAGAGAUGAACAGACUGUCGGCUUAUUUAGAUUAGGAAAUAUCUUCCUAAAAGUAACUCAGAUGGUUCAGAAACUCUCAGUCGUACUGCUGUGACAGACCACUCGACUACUUGAGGCACUGAAAUGAAAGAGGAGCAUUUGAAGAGAGUUGAUCUGGUGCUGCAAGGCAAGAAGCUCACAGCUGAUUGGCCAGAGGUCUGGCCGUAUGACGCUGUCCCACUGUUGUCGCUCAGUAGAUUUCAAACUCAGUAAGUGUUUGCCAUGAAGAGCUGUACGUCUCCCAAGCUGCUCUACAGAUACGUUAAUGGUUAAAAUGUCUCCUCAUGCUUCACUGCUGCAAUCGGUACCUUAAUGUUCUCCAGCCAAGGCGUCACUGUGCCAUAUCAGAGCAUCCGUAUUGUGUCAGAUGUAUUGUGUUAUGUUGUUGUUUUUUUUUCCACACGCACUCCCACAGAACAGAUUCACACUUGAAGUCGUUUACAGUUUCCUCUUGGAGCUUUGUUCCUGUUCAACAAUCGGCGCUGCAGUCUCUGUCGUUGCCAAAUCAAAUGCGUCAAAGUCAACUCGUCACUUUAGCCGACCCACAAACCGUGCGUUGCUCGGCUCUCGUCGCAGUUUCCUCUCGGGCUCGUGACUGAUACAUAGAGUUCUUCAUAGCAUUUCCUCCAUAACUAUGCACCAGUAAACUCACUGUACAAACCAGACAGCAGGAUAAACCAGUUUCUACAACCGGUGACACCUCGCUGAUGUUGACCAUCGUCCUGGUCUUUUUUUAGUCUUUGCAAGCAGCUCUGUCAGCAACCAAUCAUGCUAGUUUGACUAAACAUCCCUCGUCUUGCUUCUGAGUAGUGGACACUAUAAGUAAACUAAAGAAUCCAUUUAAUUUGUCUUCAGUUGGGUUUUCACACACUCAUCCUCAUCAGCCCUUUGAGAGUUUGUGGCUCAUAAAAUGCCUUAAAUAUUAGCUACAAUGGAUCGUUACAAGCUGAACCAACAUAUUUAAAAAGCAGAUUUGCAGAAGACAGAUUAUUAAAUGUCUUUAAAUGUUAUGUUAAUCAGAGUUGUUGGUUGUGGGCAGAGCUGCUGCUGGGUGAUAUUAUGAUUUAAAGACAGUAUCUAAAGCUUUGACGGCGUGAAGUGUUAAUGCAGAGCAGACGAGUUCUGUUUCUGCUUAUUAAAGGUGCAUUUAGUCAUAUUUUACUGGCUCUUUACACAAAUUAACUGUGGAAAAUGUUGCUGGAUAUUUCUGUGUCAGACUUCUCCUUAACUCUAAGGUCCACGUUUGUCUGUGUGGAUGUUUUGACACAACCUCAUUUGAUUUGUUGAUGAUAUUUGAUAUUAAUGGAGAGAGAUUAGGUUUCUCAAAGGACAUGUGUUUAAUGUUGUUGUAGUUCCCCACAGUCUCCACUAGUUGUUGCUAAAGAGCUGUGUUUUACUGACAGCACCUUUUUAAAAGGCAGGUUGAAUCUUGAAGCCCAGUCAGAGUAUGAUUCAGACGCACGCAACCUUUAUCACAGCCCCUUGUUUUCCCUGAAUGCACUUAAACCUUUUGUUGCUCUGUGGUAAAUUUUCAGCUGCAGUUGUGGAAAUUUCUCCUCUGUCACUCACGUUAUGCAUUUUGUUUUUGUUUUUCAAAAACGGUACCAAACAAAGCUCCAGAAAAGAAAAAAAAAGGAUCAUGAAAAACAGAAGUGGUUGUAUUGAGCUCGAGGCGGCGUGCAGUAAACUGUCUGGUACAGGUGGAGGUUCAGUUGUUAAACGCCGCCAGCACUGGUUAAACCUUGAUACGCACUACCAUUAUGCACUAUCGAUUAUUCACUGAUGCUUUUUCCUCGAUUCCUCGUCAGCUGUCGCUCGUGCAGCUCGGUUCAGCGACCUUUUCUUUUGCACAUUUUAAAGACUAUUUUUUAUUUUUACUUGAGUGAGUGUGAGCAGAUUGUGUGUGUGUGUGUGUGUGUGUGUGUGUGAUGAUGAUAAUGGUUUAGUUAGCAAUGACCUGUACAUGAAUGUAAUGUCUCAUUUUUACCGUCAGAUGGCCUCGUUCACCACAGUGGAUUAACUCUUUGGUACCAGUAUUUGCCACCUGCAAACGCCAAGAUACACCUGUAGUUCUCUCUUUAGUGUCUAAAGCCACUGCUGCCACUCCUGAAUGUGUGUGUGUGUGUGUGUGUGAUUUGUAUGUGUGUGUGUGUGUGUGUGUGUGUGUGUGUGUGUGUGAGUUUGUAAACGUGCAUUUACUGCAAUUUGUGCUCAUUGGACACUGCGCCCAAAAUGCCUUGAGCAUUCUGACUGUAGGGGGUGAGAUCAGUAAAAUAAUAAUGAAAAUGAAAUUAAAAAAAAUCAUGUACAAAUGUAUAAAAUGAAAAUGUACCCUUUUUUUUUUUUUAAAGAAAAGUACACUUAUAUCCCACAUGUUUGGUCUCUGUGUAUUGUAAAAGAAGCCAUGUUUAUAAUUCUAAUUGGUUUGUGACCAAUACGCCUGUUUAUAUCAGAUCUGUAUAUCAGUGGUACGCAUAAUUUUUUAAUAUAUAUUUUUUAUUUUACCUUUUUUUUAAAUGGGAGAUUUUAUGCAUGGUUGGGUCCUGAGAGACGCAGCGGUGCCGUUGAAUGGUUGCUGUUUUUUGGCAAAAUUCUGGAGUAUUGCCACAGCUCUGUGUUCAUAAUUACAACAAUUAUGACUGUGACGAUGAAAACAAUAAAAGAUAUUUAUUUCA